AGCGCGGUGAGGACCAUGUUGCUUCCGAACAUCCUGCUCACCGGUCAGGCUCGCGGCAGGGCGGCGCUGGGUGGCGGGGCAGGCCGAGGGCGUCGAGUGCGGUGGGGCGUCGGACGUCCGAAGGGUACACCAGGGGUUGGAAAAACCACGCUAGGCAAAGAACUUGCAUCAAGAUCAGGACUGAAAUACAUUAAUGUGGGUGAUUUAGCUCGAGAAGGGCAGUUAUAUGAUGGCUAUGAUGAAGAGUAUGAAUGCCCCAUUUUAGAUGAAGAUAGAGUAGUUGAUGAACUGGAAAGCCAAAUGAGUGAAGGUGGAGUUAUUGUUGAUUACCAUGGUUGUGAUUUCUUCCCUGAACGCUGGUUUCAUAUAGUUUUUGUGCUGCAAGCAGAUAACAGUGUAUUGUACAAAAGACUUGAAACAAGGGGUUAUAAUGAAAAGAAACUAAAAGACAAUAUUCAGUGUGAAAUUUUUCAAGUUCUUUAUGAAGAAGCAUUAGCAUCCUACAAGGAAGAAAUAGUACAUCAACUGCCCAGCAAUAAACCAGAAGAUCUAGAAGAUAAUAUCAAUCAGAUAUUGAAGUGGAUUGAGCAGUGGAUCAAGGAUCAUAGCUCCUGACUUACAAGACUGGCCACUUUACAACCACUCUUGUUAUAUCCCUGCCAUAAUGAAUAAAUUGUCCAAUUAUCAGUAAAACUUCUUUAUUAAGAUUGUGCUGCAGGACUAGUAGAUGGAUAAUCUAAAGGUUUAUGUUUGGGCUUUUUUCUUCCAUGAGAAAUCAAAACAUUCUCAAGUAUAGUAUAUAUAAUAUCAUUAAGAAUUUAGAGUAAAAACUGUCAUCUUAAAUGCUUCACCUGCUAAAGAAUAAAUAAAUCUGACCAAAGGGGUGGCUAUCUUCUAAGCUGAUUGCAAAAGAAAAUGAAGAUGAUCCCUUAAAAUAAAAAUUAAGACUAAGGAUAAAA